CCCUGUCGCCGGACUCUGCCCUAACGCACCCGGCCGGGCCGGGCCGUUGCAGCCUAGUCUGCGCGCCUGGGGACGAGCUGCACAGCCCUGCACCGACCCCGGCUUCAGAGAGCUCCGCGGAGGAGCGCCGGGACCGCGCAGGUGAGCGCUCUCCCAGGGAAAUCAACAUCUUUAGGAUGGAAACACCCUGAACUGGGAUCAAAUAGACAAAGGUUGGCGUUUUAUCUGUGUUUGUUUCACUGUGAAUGUGGCAGAUUAAUUACUUCUUUAAAAGCCAGUAUUCACAAUGGCAAUGGUAACAGUGACCACAGAAUUUCCCCCAAAGGAUAAGAGAGAAGAUAAUUCUGCUUUGUAUGAGUCUACAUCUGCUCACAUUAUUGAAGAAACUGAAUACGUGAGAAAGAUUCGAACUACUCUGGAAAAGAUCAGAAAUCAAAUGUUUAAAGAUGAAGUAGGACCCACCAGUGCAAAUCACAAUCUAGAUGCAAAGCCCUGUGGAAAUGUUCACAAUGCCUCGGAUCCUGAAAUGGACUCCUGCUCCUGCAGUUUGGAUUUGCUCAUGGAAAAAAUGAAAAGAAAAGACCUACAACUCUUAGAAAUGAACAAAGAGAAUGAAAUGUUGAAAAUCAAGCUGGAAGCCUCCAGAGAAGCAGGAGCUGCAGCUCUGAGGAACAUGGCCCAGAGAUUAUUUGAAAACUACCAAACCCAGUCCGAAGACAUGAGGAGGAAGCACAAGGACAGUGCUCACUUACUUCAGGUUAACAAGCUUGAAAAAGAACAGAAAUUGAAACAGCACGUUGAAGAUCUGAACCAAGUUGCUGAGAAACUUGAAGAAAAACACAGUCAAAUCACAAAGCUGGAGAACCUUGUACAGAGAAUGGAAAAGGAAAAGAGAACCCUGCUAGAGAGAAAACUGUCUUUGGAAAACAAGCUACUGCAACUCAAAUCCAAUGCUCCAUAUGCUAACAGUUGCCAGGAUCUUCAAAUGGAGAUUUCCAUUCUCCAGGAGCAGAUCUCCCAUCUACAGUUGGUGAUUCACUCCCAGCAUCAGAACCUGCACAGCACCAUCCAGGAGAUGGAAGGAUUAAAAAAUUCUUUAAAGGAACAAGAUAAAAGGAUUGAAAAUCUAAAAGAAAAGAUCAAAACACUUGAAGCCCAGAAUAAAGAGCUAAAAACCAAGGUGGCUCUUUGGUCUGAAACUGCCAAGAUGAAAAUAUCUAAGGCUGUCUCUACGAGUGAAUUAAAGACAGAAGGUACUUCUCCAUAUUUGAUGUUGAUUAGGCUUCGGAAAUGAACUGGAUGAAGAAGGUCUGAUUGAGAAAGUCGAUGUGGAUCUCUUGUGUUCCUUGAUGUGCAGUCUAAAUGUUCGUGCUGAAAUGACACAAUGCCUGCAUCUAAGUGGGGUUUGUUGUGCACACCAAUGGCUUUGCAAGAAGAUGACUUGUCAGAAAAUCGAAUAAUUGUAUUUGAGGGAAGAAACUUUUUUCCAAAACUUAUUAAGAGGAUGAAGAAACCAGAUGCUUAUUCAUAGAGGAAGGUGAAUUCUACUUCAAACUUAAAAAAAGAUCUGAAUUUUCUUUUAAGAAUUUUUCUACAGGAAGGCUUAAAGAUCAACAGUUUUGCUCUCAUGUUAGUAGUUUCUUAUGAGUAGAAUUGAGUGUAUAAUUGAAAUGAUAUAUAUUUUAAAUUUAUUUUUAGAAAAUAAAAUAGCUACCAUUAGAAAAAUUUAUCUCCUGGUCCAUUGUUAGUAGAAAAACAUUCUCUACAGAAUUAUAGGGAAAGGAAGGAGUAAAUUAUUUUAAGCUCACUCCAUAAGCAAUAUUGCUUUCCAAAGUUGCAAACUCUGGCUGCCUCCUGAUACCUCAGAAAUUCAUUGACUUUAGUUGUUCUGGAACAAAAAAUCUUUUUCAAGAGGCAAACCACACACAUAAUGCACAGUUCUUGUACAGCGUACUCUUGCCUUUUUGGCAGAUUUUCUCAUUGAUAUUCAUUACAGUGCUGCUACCACUACCACCAUAACGCAUAUGUAUUGUGAAUUCAAAAGGAAUGAUGCUAUUUGGAGGUGUUUGUCAUUUGUGAAAGUGUCCUUAAGUACUGGUGUAUGCUUUUAUCACAAAUGGAGUUUGUGCUUGCUAAGAGCAAAGCCAAACUCUGCCUUGUGGAAAUGCAAACAUACUGACCCUCAGGAAGCCACUCACAUCUUCGCUAAAUGAAUGAGGACAGCUCAGUCGUCCCCAGGGGAGUGUCUGUAGGCUUUGUUCAUCCUGUCUUGUAUGUAACACUAAAUAUUUUCUUGGGAAGGAUAUUUCCCUCCCAAGCCUUUUAACAUAGAAUGUAAAAAUAUCAGUGUUAUCUAUUAAAUAUCUAAAAGGAUGUAUGAGUAAGAUAAAGUAAUGUAUUUCUAAGUUCAUCCAAGUACUGUAAUCCUUGAAAGGUUGCACAAGUUUCACGCUUGAUGGUAUCUUAGCAACCUUUUUUUAUCACUUGCUAGUUUUUAGGGUAUUGUUAUCUAAUAUGUUUAUUAUCUAUAUGUUCAUACUUAUUCUAUGCCUGAAAAAUUCUAAAACCUUUACCUUUUAUUUUCUCCAAAACUUUCAGAAGCAGGCAUAACAUUACCCCUGUGUUACAGAGGAAAAUGUAAUGAGAUUAAGUAAUCUGUACAGCUGCUAGCUGUGGAUAAGGAUUUGCCCCUUUUGACCUGGCUAUCGAUGUUCAUUCUCUUUGUCCCAUUAGCCUCUCCUGUUACUGCAGAAGACAGCUUCCUCUGAUGUUUCUGAAUUACCUGUGAUAGGAACAGUACUUCCUGAUAAAGUUGGUAUUUCUUGAAAUGAGUUGACCUUUCACUUCUUAGACCACUGUCAGAAGAAUUAAGUUUAGACAAAAUCCUCUACUAAAGAAUCUGCUUGUGUUACAUUUAUUAUUCAUGACUUUAUGACACAUUGAUGAAUUUCUUUGUAUUACACUUGGAACACAGUUGUAGAUAAUUGAGAUCAUGAAGCUUUAUCAGUGCAGUAAAAGAAUUUAACUUUCACAAGGAGAUCACUUUGAUUCCUCUUAUAAGCAUUAUGCAGACUGAACUGCAUAAUGAAACUGUGUCUCAAAAAGACAAAAAAAGAAAAAGGUAAAAGAUAAUAUUCAGUUCGAUUUUGAUUUCAUUAUACUAUUUUUAAUACAGAGGUACAGUUUACCAUAAUGCUGUUAGGACCUGCUCAUCAGAACUCCAGGUUCACUGGAAUGGCCUUUGGAUUUCCUGAAAGUAGUAAUAGUUGUAGAAGACUGAGAAGAUUUAACACUUAAAUAUACAAGGGAAUCUUUAUAGGAAUGUAGCAUUUUUAUAGGCUUAUCAUUUAUUUGUCACCUUUAUUUUCUGUGUCCUGAUUGUUUUACCUUUUUAUCAUUUGAAUUAUGUUUUAAAAUAAACAUUUGCAUGACAAAGCAAAAGUUAUAAUGGAGGAAUGAAAUUCAUUCUGAAACCAGUAGUGCACAGAAAAUAUGUAAAAAAGAGCACCAGUCAUAGUUUAAAUAACCUUACUUCUACUUAUGCUAAUCAAAGCCUGAGAGAGCCUUGAAUUCACACAUGAAGUCGGGAAAUACAAACUCAGUUGUACUUUGAAUGUAUACACACACACACACACACAAUCAUGAAAUAUUUGGGCUAUAAAAAUUGAGACAGUAUAACCUUUGAAUAACUGCUUCUAAAAUACCUUGUAAUAAAAUUGAUGUUAUAGUAUAUGGUUU